CGGACAUCCCCAGAUGGAUUUCUCCGGACGGCAUUCCAUCUUCAUAAAACAAGAACAAUAGUCAGCCUUUUAUUCCCUCUAACAGUUCCCGGAAAAGACUCUUAAUCGCAAAGCUUGUUUUAUUCCACGUCCAGGCCUUGAGCUUUGCCACUUGACUUUACCACCCAGACUCUUGACGUCCCUCUUGUCGCAUAGUGUCCAUUCCGAUCUACACCAAUACCACAACAGCCAACAUGUCUAGCCGUCGUCCUGAGAAGUCGUAUGCAGACGCUGCGGCCUCUGCGCCGAGAGAGUCUCCAGCCAAUUCUGAUGUGACUCCUGCUGUUCCUGCAAAUGUCAUCUUUAAACUCUUGGCCUUCACUCUCGCCAUGGUCGCUGCCCCUAUUGGCAUGUACUUCUUGACCGUGAACUCCAUUUUCAGCGGAAACUCAACAUGGGCCGGUGUUACAGCAGCUGUGACUGCGAAUGUUGUCCUGUUCGCUUAUAUCUUCGUGGCAUGGCAGGAGGACCAAGGCGAAAGAGCUGCGGAAAAGGAAAAGAAAGCCCAGUAA